AUGGAGAUACUAGAUGGGGUUCACAUCAUUACUACAUUGCCUCAUUGGGAUCAAAUAUGGUCCUCCGUGUUAAAGGUGCUUAGUAUGGUUGAUGAAGAUGAACGUGGACCAUCUCAAACAACGGUUGAUGAUGUCAAAGCUCGGUUGGCCACAAUGAGGGAGAGUGGUCGGGAUAAUUUAUUUGCCGAUCUCCAAAAAUUUUGUGUUGCUAAAGAGAUUUUUUAUGUUGCUAUUGACAAAAUAUGUGUGGAGAUGGAUCAUCGCUUUAGUGACGGAAGUAGCAUUAUCCUUGAUUGCUUCUCAUGUCUUAACCCCAAGAACUAUUUCUCCAAGUUUGAUAUUGAUAAGCUUGCUCGCCUUGCUGUUGUUGAUAUUUAUCAUGCAAAAUUUUUAGACGAUGACCGUGGAAUAAUAAGGGAUCAACUUGAAACUUAUGUUUUUCAAGUGAAAAGACAUGUUUCCUUUUCAACUUGUGUAGAUGUUCAAAGUUUGGCUAUGAAGAUGGUUUAA